AUGAGCGGUAUGAUGAAUGAAAAGCUAGUGUAUUGAAAAUAGACUGGAAAAUAAAAUGUAUAUGUAUAUAUUCAAGUAAAAAAAGUAGGAGUGGAAUGAGAACGAAAUGGAAAUUGUAAGGUUAUAAUAAACAUAACAACAAAUUAAAUAUUUAAAUAUAAAUAAUAAAUUAACAUGAGUGUAUGAGUGUAUUGAGUAAUUAUCAUUGUUUAUGAAAAUUUAAAAUAAUAAACAAUGACAGAAUCAGUAACAAUAACUGUAAAUAAAACAGCAGAAUCAAAUAAUUAUGAUAUUUUGGAAAAAAGACAACGUAUUGUUGAUAAAGCUCCAUUUGACCAUUUAAAAAUUGAUGAUCCUAGUGUAUUGAAUAGUAUUCAAGGUAGAGAAAUAUGUGGAAAAUGUUAUAAAUCACGUAAAUUUUUUUGCUACACUUGCUACAAUCCUGUUAUCGACUGUAAAUAUUUUCCACGUGUCAAGUUACCAAUUAAAAUAGACAUUAUCAAACAUCCAAAAGAAAUAGAAGGAAAAAGUACGGCCAUUCAUGCUGCUGUUUUAGCCCCAGAAGACGUAACUAUUUACAUUUAUCCAGAUUUUCCAAGUUUUGAACCUAAUGAUAAAGUAGUACUUAUAUUUCCUGGUAAAAAUGCUGUCAGUAUUGAUACCUUGUUAUCUAAUAGAUUAUAUGAUAAAAAUAAUGAGGUUGAUAAAACGUCGUCAAUGGAUAUGAAUAAUAGUUACUAUCCAAUAACUCGAGCAAUAUUUAUCGAUAGUACAUGGCAACAAACUAAAUCUAUUUACAAGGAUUCACGAUUACGAGCACUUCCUUGUUUAAUUUUUAAUUCAAGAAUUUCACAGUUUUGGAGGCACCAGAGAAAAAGUCCUCGGUGGUAUUUGGCGACAAUUGAGGCAAUACAUACAUUUUUAGUUGAGUUACAUGAAAAAACAUACGGUACUAUAGAAAAUUAUAACAAUUGUAAUGAAGAAAACAUAGGUAGUGAUAAAUACUGUGGACAAUAUGAUAAUUUAUUGUACAUUUUUAAGUAUAUGUACGAUAAAAUACACACUAUUUAUGACCAUGACCAAUUAAGAGCUUAUAAGAGACCGCUUAUAUAAAUAAAUUUUAAACAAACCCAUAAA